AUGGCGAUCUGGAAUGAAGCAAUCGAAGACCUGUUCAUCACUUUGAUCCAGGAGAGGCCAGCUCUGUAUGAUAUUACAGAGGCUAAAUACUCAAAUCGAAUCGUUAAAACGGGACUCUGGCGAGAGAUAGAAUCGCAACUUGGUUUCUCAGAGAAAGAGCUGCGGAAGAAAUGGGAUUCUAUGCGAACCCAGUACACCCGGUACCGGAGACUUGCCGCUUCGGGUAGUUGUGCUACACCAAUGACCGGCCGACAACAGUGGUUCCUGAACAGGCUGCGGUUUCUGGAGCCUUUCACAAAAAGGAAGGAGAGUACUUCCAACCUCACCUUCACGGAACAUCCGGGGGCUGCAGAAUCACCCCUCGGUGGCACCAGCAGUGAAACCAGCAUGUCCAGCACCACUGAGGAGUCCUUCCACACUGAUGCUGAGCCCUGCACUCCCCUGGCAGAAUCCACCAUCUGCAACACACCGGCGCCGGCACCCUCACCGUCACCGCUCGGAGAUAGGCCAAGCACACCCAGCAAUAGAAUGACUCCGGCGAAGCGCAGGAUGCUGCAGGAUUCGCGGGAUGAGUCCAUCGCCGACCAAUCACAAACAUUGCUGCAUGGGAUCACCAACACUCUGGCACAAGAGCUGAAGUGGAGGAGCUGA